CCACUGUUCAGGUUAUUUAAGUAAACUUAACGCUUGCCUUUUACUUCAGGCAGCAUUUUUUAAUAGACAUUUUUGUGAUUUUUUCGGCAUCUGUUUGCAACUACUUCUUCACGGUUCGGUGCAUCGACCUGAAGAGUUUAUGUAUUGUCUUGCAAGGAACGCAGAUUCUGCAAAUUCAAUAGCGGUUCACUGUCGGAGAAGACUGGAGGGUUCUCAAACAAACCACUUUACAUGUCCAUGUGGCGUCUGUUUAUUUCUGAAUGGGAUUUCCAUCAAACGAAGAGAGUUAUAUUCCUCUCCUGCCGAUGAUAUUGAAAUCGAUGAGAAACAUUUAAUAAGAAAAUAUUCUUGCCAGUGUUUAAAGCACAGUAGCAAGCGCAAUUAUCGACACUCAAAGUUCAUUCCAAAAAUCCAUUAUUGUGGAAAAACGUCCAAUAUAAAAAAUAAAGCUUCUAAGCACAAAGCCAUCAAAAAUAGCAACAAAACGUCAUCAUGGCUCUACUUAAUGUCAACAGAGAUGUCAAGGAUCAAUUUUACCGCUAUAAAAUGCCAAGUAUUCUAGCCAAGGUAGAGGGAAAAGGUAAUGGCAUCAAAACAGUCAUCGUUAAUAUGGUGGACAUCGCAAAAGCACUCGGAAGACCACCAACAUAUGCCUGCAAAUAUUUUGGAUGUGAAUUAGGAGCCCAGACUCAAUUUGAUAUUAAAAAUGAUCGCUACAUCGUGAAUGGGUCCCAUGAUGCCCCUAAACUACAAGACCUGCUCGAUACAUUUAUCAAGAAAUAUGUGCUUUGUCAACAAUGUGAUAACCCAGAGACCACCCUGGUUGUAAAAAAGGGGACCAUUGGAUUAAUUUGCAAAGCUUGUGGAGACCAAAGCAUGGCUGAUCUUCGACAUAAACUUUGCACCUACAUGAUUAAAAAUCCCCCUCAGUCCUUUGGAAAAGAAAAUAGUGGAGGCACCAAAACUAAGAAAGAGCAAAAGAAAGGAAGAGAGCGGGAGUCAAAAGAACAUUCCAGUGAAGAAGAUACCAACCAUAACAACCACAACCAUAAGCAACAGAAUGGAAAGCAUCCAAAGCAAAAUAAGGAGAAAAAACAAAAUGUGAAGGAUGAUGACGAUGAUGACUGGGCUGUCGAUGUUUCUGCCGAAGCAGUUGCUGCAAGAAUGCAAGAAAUAACAAGUGGAGCAAAAGUUAUGACCUUGAAUGAUGAUCUGGAAAAAACUCCCUCAGAAAGAGCUGAUUUGUUGUAUACUCUUGUCAAAACAAGAGUUGAUGAUGGAACCAUUUUGAAGGCUGACAAAGAGAUAGUUGCAGAGUCUGAACGUCUGGACAUUCGUAACAAAGCACCACUUAUUUUAGUGGAAGUCUUGUUCAACCAAAACAUGAGAGAACAAAUCAGAACUUAUAAGAAUCACUUCCUGAGACUCUGCCAUGGAAAUGUGAAAGCUCAAAAAUCUCUAAUGGGAGCUGUGGAGAAAAUGAUUGAGUUGCAUCAGGAUGUUCUUCUACCAAAGGUUAUGCAUAUACUCAAGGAACUCUAUGACUUGGAUAUUGUGGACGAAGAGGUCAUGUUAGAAUGGGGAGAAAAACCCAGUAAGAAAUAUGUUACCAAGGAACUGAGUCGUGCCAUACAUGAAAAGGCCGCCCCCUUCAUCAAGUGGCUGAAGGAAGCAGAAGAAGAGUCCAGCGAUGAAGAAGAUGAGGUGGAAAUUGUUUACACGUCCAAAUCCGAGCAGCAACUGAAGCGUGAAGAAGAAGCAGGAAAACAAAAAGAAAAGGCAGAGAUGGAGAACGUAAACGGUGGUGAUGAAGAUGAUGAUUUUGAUAUUGAAGACAUUUAAAGCUCCUCACUCUUGUAUUUUACAUCUUUAUUAUUUGUAUCCUUAACAAUUGUUAAUAACUUUCGCCAGAAAUACCUAAUAGAUGGUUUCAGUUUGAGUUAUCAUGGGCCAAACUUAGGUUGCACCUUGAUAAUGAUAUACAUUUGUUUUCCAUUUAUGGAGUUUGAAGUAAUCAAACAAAUGAUUGUCACUUUGUCUUUGCUGCUGCUAUUAAUAUAUCUGGAUCCGGAACUUCAUAUUCAAUGCGAAACAAGAUGCCAGUUUUAUUAACAUACUGUAAAAUGUAAUAUUCUGAUUUUAUAGCAUCUUCACUUACAAAGUGCCCUGGUAUGGAUAAUUUAUGAUAAAAGCAUUUCUGUUUACCAAUGUGUGAAACUGGGAUUAAUUAUUCACUAAUGUCAUUCUUGGCCUAACUGGAAAAUUUGACUUUGUUAGACCAACUGGCCAUUUAUACUUUGCUAUCAAUAUGCUGUUUUUGUUGUAUCCCUAAUAUUGAUACAAUAUCAGACUACUAUGUUAUAUAUUAACUUCUGUUUAAUAUUUUUAUGUACCUAAUAUUCUAUUGUUUACAUUUGUGGUACCAGCAAUUCGAAAGCAUGUAUAAAAACCAGUUACGAUUUCAAAUGACAACCGGGAAAGUACUAUACAAAAUUUUGGACUAAAUUAAUUUUUGAGGUCUGCAUUUGUGUGUUUUAUUAUUUCUAUUUCAAUCUGGCAACAUCAGAUUUAUUUUACUGGGACCUGUAGUUUAAAGAUAAUGAUUUCAUGUUUUGUCGAAAAGCCACUUCAAACAGAUAAACUUUUUCCAUGUGUAUGCUGAUUUUGAAUGAAGAUGCUUUGUGUAACGAGAUUUGAACGAGGUGUGGUGAAGAUAUUUCUUUCGUUUGAAUUUUUGAGGAGUUCUUUUGAUUGUAUUGAUGCCAUUAGCUUUUUCCCUUGUGUAUUCCUUGAUUUGGUGUGACUUGUAGCAUAAUAAAAUGCUUAUAAAUAGCAA